AUGAGCGCCAUCCUCUCAGCCGACGACCUCAACGAUUUCAUCUCACCCGGUGUCGCCUGCAUCAAGCCUGUCGAGACUCUCCCCGCUGCCCCGCCACAGCAAGGAUUCAACGAGUCCGAGGUAAUCAUUGACGGGCAGCAGCCCUCGUCAACGGGCGCAGAUGCCAACAAACCCGCCGAGAUAUCCCUGACCGACUGCCUGGCCUGCUCCGGGUGCGUGACGUCGGCCGAGGCCGUCCUGGUCAGCCUCCAGAGCCAUGCAGAGGUGCUGUCGGUGAUGGAUGCGGCACCGGCACUGACGAUCACCGGACCGGACGCCCAGGGGAAGUUUGGGGUCGACGGUCUGGAGAACGAGGACGCCAAACUGUUUGUCGCGAGCGUGAGCCCCCAGGCGAGGGCCAACCUAGCCGCUGCAUGCGGUCGCGGGACAUCGGAGAAGGAUGCCGGAAGGAUGCUAGAGAACCUGCUCGGUGGGGCCGAGGGACUCGCCAGCGGUGGCAGGUGGCACAACGCUUUCACAUGGGUGGCGGACACGAACACGACGCGCGAAGCUACCCUUGCCCUCGGCGCCGACGAGGUCCUCGGAACCACGGGGGCCCCGCAGCCCGGCACCUCCACCCCCGCCCGGCCGAUCCUGGCUGCGUCGUGCCCUGGAUGGGUGUGCUACGCCGAGAAGACGCACCCGCACGUGCUACCACACCUGUCCAAGGUCAAGUCACCGCAGGCCCUGAUGGGGACGCUUCUCAAGACUACGCUGAGCCGCAAGCUCGGCGUCCACCCCAGCCGCAUAUGGCACCUGGCCGUCAUGCCCUGCUUCGACAAGAAGCUCGAGGCCAGCCGCGAGGAGCUCACCGACGAGGUGUGGGACGGCUCGGGGAAGCCCGGCAGGGGCGUGCGCGACGUCGACUGCGUCAUCACCAGCAGGGAGAUCCUGAUGCUCGCCGAGUCCAGAAACAUUGAUUUCUUCGCCAUCCCCUCGAGACCCUCGAGGCCCGACACACCCUUCCCCGACGCCAAGAUGGGCGACUUCCUCUUCGGCCGCCAGGGUGGGACACGCAACCCACCCCGCGUGGCCGGCUCGUCGGGCGGGCUGCUGUACCACGUCCUCCAGGCCAAGGCAGCGCAGCUACCCGGGUCCGAGAUCCAGGCCGUGCGGGGCCGGAACACGGACGUGAUGGAGUACACAGUCUCGGUGGGCGGCCAGCCCGUCUUCAGGGCGGCGCGGUACUACGGCUUCAGGAACAUCCAGAACCUGGUGCGGAAGCUGAAGCCGGCCAGGCCGUCGCGCAUGCCCGGCGGCAAGCCGUUUGGCAGCGCCCGCAGACCCGGUGCUGCGGGAGGCAAGUCGGCACCGCUCGACUACAGCUACAUUGAGGUGAUGGCCUGCCCGGGCGGGUGCACCAACGGCGGCGGCCAGAUCAAGGUGGAGGAUCCCAUCGUGGUCGAGCGCAAGAACUUGCCGGGAAAGCCCGGACCGCAGGAGCAGAAGGACUGGUUGGCAGAAGUGGACGAGGCCUACUUCUCCGGUGAGGAGGACACAGACAUGGUCGGCAACGACGGCAACGACGACGACAACAAUGAGAAUGACGUCAUUGGCGGCAUCUCGCAUUCGUAUAUACGUGAUUGUUUGGCGCAUUGGUCACAUAUUACGAGCAUCGGGUUAGAUAGACUUGCAUUCACUACUUACCGCGAGGUCAUAAGCGAUGUGGGUAAGGACGGCACGGAAAAGGUGAUACAGCUGGCGGGAAAGAUUGGCGGGGGCUGGUGA